AAAGAACGCGAUUGGCGGAGCCGGCGGGCGGGUCGGGACCCGGAAGUGCCGGUGGAGAGUGUGUUUUUCCAUGUUGCUUUGGAGCAAGUGAGUUGAAUGCUGUGCCCUUUGCUGCACUCCCCGAGUCACCAGCCCAUGUGGAAUAGCACCAAGAAAACAUCUGUCUUUGCUGUUUAGUAUAAAUCGAGUUAUUUUCAGGUGCAAAGUUAUUCAGAAUUAAUUCUCAUGUCAGCAGAAAGCUCGACCGUCACAGUUCGUCUUGUGCGCUCUUUUGAGCACCGUAAUUUCAGACCUGUGGUGUACCAUGGCGUCCCCUUGGAUCAGACAGUGAAGGAGUUCAUCGCUUUUGUGCGCAAGGAUGUGUCUUCAAGAACAGGACUUCCUCCUCCUUUUAAAAAUUACAAGUAUGAUACAAUGAAGAUUAUUCACCAAGCACACAAAUCUAAGACCGGUGAACUUGUAGUGAGUUUGGAAGAUGAUGACAAACUGAUUUUGAAGGAAGACAGCACGCUGAAAGCAGCUGGAGUAGCAAAUGAGACGGAAUUAGCAUUCUUCUGUGAGGAAGAUUACAGAAACUACAGAGCUAAUCCUGUUUCGGCCUGGUGAAGAUCCCAAGAGAUUGUUUUGUUUUCCCAUACCUGUUGUAAAUUUUCCUUAUUCUGCUUAAUGAGAUUUUUCUUAAAGAUCAAUAAAUCCUAGAGGAUUUCUUUGCAAACAGUGCAAUUCCCUUCCUAUAGAAAUUAAUUUUUGUCAAUAUGCUGAGGCUGAGAGAAGAAAAACUGGGGGACAUAAAUGACUUUUUUCUUCCUCCCUUUUCUUUUUGCUGUGCUUGGCUCUUGAGCCUCAGGCAGUGCCAUCCCUGACCCGUGACAUGUUCUUGGUGUGAUCCCACAGCAGACAGUAACUGCAUAUGGAAAUUAUAGAAUGCACAGGAUGAGCCCAUCACAGUACUAACUUCUAAUGAAAAUGAAGUGAAACCUCCUUCAAAUGAAAUGAAAUGUUUUAUGACCAAAUCACUGGGUAUUUUAAAGAACUUGAGAAGAGAAUCUCUCUGUUUCAAGUCACAGCUUUACUUCUCUCAUUUUAUGUUUGGUCUCUUUUGUUUAAAUAGUGCAGACUGGCCAGUGUUUCAUGCUUUUCAGUGGUGAAUGCUUUCCAUUAUCCUCUCUUCCAGCCCUCUUUAGCAUGCUGAAAGGGACAAAUAUCUGUUGGGAGGCUUUUGUGUCCAAGGACCAGCUCGCCUGUUUGUAGCUUUACUUCAUGGAGACACCUUCAGACAGGGGUAGCAGCUCGAGUUCUGCCAGGAUGUCAGUGUGCCUAAGUAGGAAUUGGGCAUUUUUCCAAGUGGAGUGAAAGCUCAUGGUUUCAGUUUUAAGAAUAAAACCUGAAUGAUUGCAUUUUUUGCGAGGAGAGGCCCAGUCUGUGAGCCACAUGUCUUCAAGACUGGAAUUGAUUCCUUUAUGCUUUCCAUGAGUCAAAUACUCUGUUGCUAUGUGUUUGUUCCUGGUAAUUCCAGGCUUUCCUACUACAUGAACCAAAUUAAGAAUAAUAGAAAAUAAUCAUGUAUCCAAUAAAGUACCUUUAGGUAGAGAUUACUUAUGAAAUGCUCUUUAGGGGGUACCAAGAUGGGGAACUGUGCCUUUAAGCCUCCCUUCACUCAAAUGGGAAUGAUGCUGGCUCUCUGCCUUAGCAGGCUUUUUGGGCAUGGGCUCUGCUAAAUUGAAUGAGAGCUCAUGUGCAAUUGCUUUAGACCUACACAUCUACACUGAGCUCUGGGUGAGAGCUGACAAUGCUAUAUCCAUGACACUUUAUGGAGGAGUAACCCUACCAUUUCCUAGAGCUUUGAUUAUUGUUUUUACUGACAUGUGUGGUUUCCAAAGUCUCCAAGUAAAAUUUCCCUUUAUUUCAGAUGUAGGGCCAAAGAACCAUCUGUGUAUUCUUCCCACCUAAUUUUCCUCAUCCUUCCUGAGAACUCUCUGGUUUAGGCUGUUUUACUCACCAACAGCUUUGCUUCAGAGUUUUAUUCUCUAGUGAAAGAACUCUACCACUUUCUCAACUGUGAUAAAAUUAUUGUAUCUUUAUCUUGUAAGGAGGAGUCCUGUGUCACUGAAGUCACCUGCGUUCUCCUGGGAUGUAGGUGCUGUUAUGCAUGUCCUGAUGAAUUUAUGAGGAGAAUUUACCUCUUGCCUUCUCUUUCUGUCCAGUCAGCCUCUCUGUUGCUGCUACCUGCUCCCCAAACAUGGGCCCAUGUUCAGCUGCCUUCUUACAGAGUCUGUCAUGUUUGCAGGUUUAUGUGGUUAGUACAAGUUUGUGCUCAUCUUCUCAGUUUGAGCUGAUGCAUUGCACUCCAGACUAUCUCAUCUUUGUUCAGCCAAAUUUACAAUAAUGGAGGUUACUUUGUAAGAACAGACAGUGUACCAGAGACAUCAGUGUCAGGCUGGCCUGCCAGGGCAUCUAAAUGGUGUCUGUCACCACAUGCAGGCUCUCAGACUGAGCAAGAACUUCAAUUCUUUUCCUCCUGUUCUAGGGAUUUGAAUUUGGUUUCCAGCCCUUUCAGACAGAUUUUGUGAUCCCUUUUCUCUAACACAUUUGUGUUUGAAAGAUUCACCACAUUAUAACAAUUGUCUUUUCUGGGCUUGUACAGUUCCAAACUUGCAGUGUCACAUGAAGUGUGGUACUGUGGAAGAGCAAUUCUACAGCAUCAGUGACAAAAACUGUAAAUGUUCUACUGCAAAUAUUCAAGAAUGAUGUGAUUGGCACUUCAGAUUAACUUCUCUUUCCAAGGGAAGAGUUAAACUGCUUUGUGAGCUCUGUUCACUCUGGCAAUGGCACUUCAUUGGCUUCUUUCUCCAGCAGCACAGUGGAGCCUUUUGUAAUGCCCUCAAUGGCCAUACUUAUAAACUGGUUUCUUCCUGAAGUGUUUUUCUACUGUGGUUGUUGCUUUUUCUGGAUUGUUUUUGGUUUGUUUUUGUGUUGUUUUUUUUUUUAAUGGAACUUACAGUAAUGCAUCUUUCAAGUAAACCUCACAAAACUACAGAUAAUAAACUUUCUAGGAAAGAUGCUGUUCCAAUUUUUUUUGGUGGGAUAUGGUACAGCUUUGUAUCAAAGGAGGUUUGAUUCCAGAAUUGUUGGGUACUGAACAAAAUCUCUGAACACUGGCUAAGAAAUUAGUAAAGACUGAGAUGUCUGUCUGAGAUGGUGUUUUGAAAUCCUCUUUCUGUUGAAGGAAAUCACAAAGCUAGUACUGUGGUUUGUUAUCCUGGCAGAAAUAAUGAGCUGCAUUGGUUUACAGCUGCUUUUAAUCAAAGGUGUAGUGGGGAGAGUCAUACCGCUUUGCCAGUGGUCUUAGGCAUUGUGGGAUAAAUAAGGAUUUGUGUUACAGUGGGAUGUUCUUGGAACCAUUCACCAUGUUUUUGUUAAACAAAAGAACAAUAUCCAGAGAGGACUCUGAAAUAAAAUAAAAUUUAUCCUGUGUUAUAACACUGUAGCAGGAAAAGACAGUCAAACUGGAACCCUGGGGUGGUGUGUCAGGCUUGGCUGUCUCUUGGAGAAAAAAAUCACUUCAGAGAGACUGGAGUUUUGACUGGGAGGUGUGAAAGCAUUGCUUUCUGAAGAAGAGAGGAAAUUUGGAAAGGAAUUAUCAUAAAUAGGAGGAAGAGGUAACAGCAUAAUUGAAUAAACAGCAAAAUCUGCAUGUGCAACACUCUUGGUGCAGAGAUACCAGAGCAGUGCUGCUUUCUAAAGAAUUAAAAGUAUACAAAUGGUGCUUUAUCAUAAUUUUGGAAUUAAAUUAAUGAACUGCUUCAGUAGGCAUCUUGUUUUUUCUGG